AUGUUUCUUGGCUCCUAUUUAUCAGGUUUAGUUCCAUUAGCCUUCAGUUUGUCCGAGUCAAAAAUGCGAUAUGUUACGGUGCUUGGAGCUGGGCUUUUAGUUGGUACUGCUCUGGCAAUAAUUGUACCUGAAGGUGUGCACGCACUUUACAUCAAUGAAUUAGAAACAAAUCAGCUGCAACCACAACAGGAAUUUUAUCGAAAAGGGCGACAUCUAAACGCAUUACCGGCAGCUGAAGAUGGCCAUGGUCACAAACAUCAUCAUUUACCAGUUCACAUAAAAGAUCAACAGCAAAUUCCCGCAGUGAAAGAAGAACAGCAUGCGAAAGGAGAAUUACCCCCCUCCCAUCAGCAUACAGCUGAUGCAGGACGAGAUUUGGGAGUUUCGGCAUUAAAACACACUGAUACAGCACAUUCAGCUAUUGGUAUUACAUUAAUAUUAGGGUUUGUGUUUAUGCUUAUCGUCGAUAAUUUUAGUUCAAGGUUAUUUCGGCAUCAUUCACCUCAAAUUCUGGACUCUUCUGGUUCAACAAUAGCUUCAAAACCAAAAUCAACUUGGACAGCAACGUUGGGUCUUGUUGUACAUGCAGCAGCUGAUGGAAUUGCAUUAGGAGCAGCAUCUUCUACAAGUCGUUUUAAUGUGGAAAUAAUUGUUUUUAUGGCUAUUAUGCUGCAUAAAGCUCCGGCUGCAUUUGGACUAGUAUCCUUUUUAAUAGCUGAUGGUGUUGAUAGAAAGAGAAUAAGAAGGCAUUUGUUAAUAUUUUCGUUGGCGGCUCCAUUAACGGCCAUUUUUACGUAUGUUCUAUUGAAAAGUAUGGCUGACAUUUAUAUUGUUGAGCGUGUUUUGGAUAAACGAAUUAUUGAUGAUCAAGUUCAUUAUUAUUUAAAAUGGUUUGGAUUUGGCGAUGAUGGUAAGUAUGAUGAAUGUGUAGAAACAAUAACGAAUAUUCUUAAUAAAACAGAAUCAACAGCAUUAGCGAAAUCGUUGAACGAUUCAGAAACUGAACAUGUCACAAAAUCUAAGUCUGCUUUUAGUACGUUAAGCAUCGAUAAAAAUAAACAAACUCCUUUCUCUUCGAUAUCAACAACAACAGAUAAACAGUCGAAUAUUUCUGAAACAUCAGAUUUAUCCGAUUUUGAAAGUUUAUUAUUAGCAAUUAAAAUUGAUGAGAAUCGUUCACAACAACAGUUGCCACCUUCAAUCAUUACCACUGGUGAAGAUGAAAAAAUCAAUCGUAUACCACUCGAUGAUACACAUUAUUCAUUUAUCGGAGCAGCGAGAAGAGAAACUAAGGAUGAUGACAACGAUAACAAAGAUGAUGUAAAAUUCAUUACUAAUAGUAGCGAUGACGAUCAUGAAAUGUCGUCAGAUAGUCAAAAAACGAUUGAAUAUCAAAUUAAUCAACGAUCUGAUGAUGAAAAUAUUAUGGAAGAAGAAGAAGAAAAUGAUCUUAAAAAACAAUCUGAAAAUACAGAAACAAGUACAACUGAUUAUUUACAAGAGCAAACUGUACAAAUGAAAUCAAAUGAAAAACAGAUAAAUAAUUUUAAUGAAAUAUCGUCAACAGUUGUCAAAGAUGAAAUUGAUCAAAUGAUAUCAACAAAUGAAACAUCUGCAUUUUCCUCAAAUGAGGAUGAGAAUGAAAAAGCCCAGUUUAAUAAGGAGUGCGACCAAAAUAUGAUGAAUGAUGGUCAGAUUGGUAUAGAUCAACAACAACUUGUGGAAGACAGAGGAUCAUCUCUGGUUCCUAAAAAGCAGUCACGUAAACAUCGUAUGACAAGAAAUGAUGAUUGGCAGCAAGCAAAACGACAUCGAUUAGACGAUGAAAGUCAGGCCUCUCCCUCGUCCAAAGCUAAUGGUGAUGGUAGUCUCGUGGAUGAAAAUGGAAAUGAUUUAGUUAAAGAUAAUAAAAUGAAUGUACAACACUCUUCUCCCAAAACAUCAAAAAUGUCCCAAGAACAACAAUUAUCAGACAUAAUGGAUACGACACAGUCAACAUCUAAAACUGCUAAUUUCGACUUUUUAAGUUUAGAACCAGAAGAAAUUGUUUGCAUAACUCGCUCAAAAUCUGCUGAAUUACAAUUUCUAUUAAAAUGUAAGAAAUGUCCUGAUAAAUUAUUCUACAUUACAAAUAAACAAGCUACAGAGAUAAUACCACAAUUAGUGAUUCAGUUUUAUGAACGACAUAUUGACUGGUUUAAUAUCAAUAAAAAAUCAACAACUACUACUACAACAACAAGACGUUCAACUACCUUACCGCUAUCUUCUAAUAAGCAUCACGAUUACGACUAUCGAAAACCACAACAAGUAAAUACACGUUUACAAACGAGAAAAAUUCAACAAUCUAAUAAAACUAAAAGAUCAUUAUCAAUUUCCUACGAUACUGAGAGACGACAACCACAACAACGAAAAUCAUCUGCAGAACUUUCUACACUAUCUCAUGGACAUCACAUACAAGCAGAACAACAGCAGUUGAGAGUAAAAACAACAGGACGAAAUACAACAAAUGGUAAAACAAAUACACCGUUUAAAAAACGCCAUACUAAAGGAAAUCGUUCAACGAUGAAGACACUAUUUCGAUCUGUUGCUUUACAACAUAUUUGUUACCGUUGUAUGAGUCGUUUGAAAGUAUUUGAGCAUGCAAAACAAAUUAACGAUCCACAUAAAAUUCGAAAUGUUGGAAUUAUUGCACAUAUUGAUGCCGGAAAAACGACAACUGUCGAGCGAAUGUUAUAUUAUACAGGAGUUAUACGACAAAUGGGUAAUGUUGAUGAUGGAAAUACAACCAUGGAUUAUAUGGAGCAAGAGCGUGAACGAGGCAUUACAAUAACAUCAGCGGCAAUUACAUUUCCAUGGAAUAAACAUCGAAUUAAUUUAAUUGAUACGCCUGGUCACGUUGAUUUUACGAUUGAAGUAGAACGUUCACUAAGAGUACUUGAUGGUGCUGUUACGAUAUUAGACUCUUCUGCAGGUGUUGAAACUCAAUCAUUAACUGUUUGGCGUCAAGCAAACAACUAUCAGUUACCUCGUAUCAUUUAUUUAAACAAAUUAGACAAACCUACAUCAAAUUUGAAAUUGUGUCUUGAAUCAAUCGAACAAAAAUUCAAUGUGAAACCGCUUUUAUUGCAUGUACCUAUCGGCCAUGGAAAACAAUUUCGAGGAAUUGUUGAUCUCAUCCAUGAACAGUUCUAUGAUUCAUCGUCAGUAUUCAAAACACCAGCAACAGAGAACAGUAAAUCAUUGGAUAAGAACAGUGAAGAAUAUAUAACAAUAUUAAAUGAACGUAUGAAACUUAUUGAACAAAUAGCCGAUAAUGAUGAUUCAAUAGCUGAACUAUUACUCACCAAUAAAAAUAUUACUAGUGAUCAAUUAAAACAAGCGAUCAAACGUUUAACGUUAUCGUCAGCGAAAGUAGUGCCCGUUCUAUGUGGAAGUUCAUUAAAAAAUAUUGGUAUUAAACCUGUACUAGAUUCAAUUAUUGAUUAUUUACCAAGUGCAUUUGAAAGGAGUUCAAGAUUAUUACAAUUAAACGGCACAAUUGGAUAUAUAUUUAAAACAAUACAUGACAAGCAAAAGCAACCAUUAUCUUUUGCUAGAAUCUACGCGGGACAACUGAAAAAACGGAUGACAUUGAUUAAUCUAAGAAAUAAUGAAAAAGAAUCAAUACAAAAGGUUUAUUUGCCAUUUGCCGAUGAUAUGCAAGAUUUAGAUGAAAUACAAGCAGGAUCUAUUGCUGUUAUCAGUGGAUUGAAAGCGACUGUAAGUGGCGAUAUUCUUGUGUCAUCUAAAGCUUUAUCAACUCAAUUGAUCGAUUUAAAGCAAAAUUCUGUUAAUGCCGCAUUUAUUCCUGAUCCCGGGCUAGAAGCACCAACACCCGUAUUUUUCUGUACAAUUGAAACAUUUUCAGAUAGUUCUCAACGAAUUUUAGAUGAAGCGCUAAUUCAUAUCCAACGUGAAGAUCCGUCAUUACGUGUACGUCUAGAUGAACAAACUGGUCAAACAUUAUUAUUGGGCAUGGGUGAAUUACAUAUUGAUAUCAUACGAGAUCGUUUAAAACGUGAAUAUAAACUAGAAACAUAUUUGGGACCGUUAAAUGUAAACUAUCGAGAAACACCAACAAUUCAAUGUAAACGAACCACUGAAUGGAAUUCAUCAUUAAAUGAGCGAAAAGCAUCGAUAUCCAUUACAAUGUCAAUUAGUCCAGUGGUUAAAACCGAUCGUAAUGUAAUUACUUUUAAACAUAUUCAAAUUGUUAGAACAGAAGAACAACAAUUUGAAAAUUUGAAAAAAGAAUAUAUCGAAGCUAUUGAACAUGGAACAAAAAUGGCCUUAACAACAGGUUGUCUAAUUGGUGCUGAUGUAGUAGAUACUCAUGUAAAAUUACACGAUCUUCAAAUUACUGGCAAUGUCAGUCCAGCAUUAUAUUCAGCUGCUGCAUCUGAUUGUAUUCGAGCAUGUUUAAAAGAAGCUGAAUGUAUACUCCUUCAACCAGUGAUGCGUUUAGAGGUAAGAAUAAUUGUUGAUUAG